GCAAAUGCGGAUGGCAACAAAAAAGAGCCGAUAACGGAAGUGAUUUUGCCUACCGGUUACUAUUUUAUUUUAAUUAUUUAUUCAGAAAAUACUUCAAAACCAUGGCAGAUAAACUGCUUUGGAGUGUUAAAAAUGGAGAGCUAGAAAACGUUAAAGAAUUAUUAAGCAAGCCAGGAAUUAAUGUGAAUGCAGAGUUAACUGGUGGAAGAAAUGCACUUCAUUUUGCCGCAGACUAUGGACAUUGUGAUGUUAUACAAUGCCUGCUGGAUGCUGGAGCAAACAUAAAUCAACCAGACAAGCAUGGCAUUUCUCCGCUGUUGGCUGCAAUCUGGGAGGACCAUGUAGAAGCAGUUAAAUUGUUAUUGGAAAAGGGUGCAGAUAGAAAUGCCACGUCACCUGACGGCGAGAGCUUCAUUGAAUGUGCCCAGACAGAUGAUAUGAAAGCGUUGUUGUCAAAGUAAAACCGUCUUAUGAAACCACAAGGAAUUUUGAAUGUACAAUUUGUGUGCAUCUAUGACUUCACUUUUGAAUUUAGUGAAACACUGUUUGUGCUUAUAGAUGACAUGCUUUGAGGUUAUCUCUAAAGCCAGAAUCCUGAUAUACCCGUAACAUGAAAACCUUAAUAGAAGAUGAUCUUGAAAAAAGUAGUUGGCUUAAAACUUUGAAUUUACGGAAGUCAGUUCUACCAAUAACAAACAUGGUGUCAUUCUGGGAUAAUAACAAUUGGUGACAUGCCAGCGUUACAUGUACUUGAAACUUCUAAUGAAUAAAAUCUUUAUGGCUAUGCCAAAUUUGUGUUUAACAUAAAAAAACUUGCUUUAAUAACGAAUACUGGUCAGUAUUACACAUAUAUUUAAAAUAGUAAUUAAUAUAUAUACUAACUGGUUAGAACUAAUAAUUGAUAAAUUCAAAGAAUUGUUGAUCAUGUAUUGUUCUGAUAUAUUAAUAAUUCAUAAUAUUUUAUGAUAAUUCUUCCUUUUAAGAUAUUAAUUGCGACUAUUUUGUACAUGCAUUUACCCAGUUUUCAAUGACAUUUUUGGCUAUUUUAUUGUUAAUGAGGCUUUACUCAACCUCAAAGUUUAGAGGUUGUUAUGUGUUCCUUUGUAGCAAAUAAAACCACUGACCCCUAAAGUAAAAAUCUAUCGCUAAGACCACUCAGCCAUCCCUGCUCAUACAAAGAGCCAUGUAUUUUAUACUUUAUGUAAGCAAUCAUCGUACUAUCACAAAACAUUACGACAACAACAGAAAUCUGCAUUUUUUUCAAAAGUUUCGCGUUGCAACGCUUUAUAAUUUUAAGGUUUUUAAAUAGUCAAACGAUGCAUGCAAUGGAUAUUUUAGAGCAUGGAAAAUGUUCAGUAUUACUGUUUCCUCACAAAUAUCAUAACUGCAAUAAAUAUUUGCGAAUGUGAAACAAUUUUUUUUUAAUUUUCUCAAUUUAUCAAAACGUGAAAAGGCCCCUUUAAAUGGGGAAAGUUUGGUUUUACUUGAGACACUUACAUUAUAAUCAUUAAUAUUGUUAGGAAUUGCAAAGAAAUUCAGAUUUUAAGGGAUUCUCCGUGUUUUAUCGUGCACAGUUUAAUGAAUCAUGGAAAUAUAUAUAAUUAAAAUACAAUAAAAUAAAAAAAAUUGUCAUGUGAGAUAACUUUUUGCCUGUUAGAAAUAAGUUUAAACUUUGCACAAAAAGGAACAUAUCCCUUUUUAUACUUAUAUUUUUUUGUUUGUGGUUUUGUGUGGAUAGUUUUUAGAUUAGUAUUGUGUAGUUUUCACUGAAUGUUGAAUUUCACCCACUUCUCCAUGUAGGAAACUUCAUGCUGUUUUCAGAUUAUUUGUUUACAUGCUUUUUCCUAGUUAUUAUUUGAUGGGAGGCGGAAAACUACAACGGGCGAGGCAUGGUCAGGGGUGAUAACCCCAAAAAAGGGUUAGGGUAAGGGGUCGGGUUAGGGUUGGGUUUAGGCUAACCCUAACCCGACCCCUAACACUAACCCAAACCCUAACCCUCUAACCCCCCCUUGCGAAAUACCAUACCAUGCCUCGCCCGUUGUAGUUUUCCGCCUCCCUUAUUUGAUACAAGUGCAUUUUAGUUUGUUAUUGUGUGUUACUUCCAUAGGUAAAUGGGUGCAAAGGCAUUGAGUGCUUUUUAAGUCGUAGUGCAAUUUUUGGACAGUGUGAACAUUUGUGUAUCUUUCAUACAUGUAUGUACGGUAUUUGUAUAAUAAAACAACAAAAAAAACACAUUGACAAAUGAAAAUGUGUGAAUUUG